AUGUCCGGCGGCGGCGACGCUACCCUCUUUGAGGAGUCCUUCACGGUCACCGACUAUGACCAAUCCAAGUACGACCGUGUGGCUCGUAUCUCGUGCACAUCAAGCGACUCGCAGACGGUCAUGACGCUCGACAUCAACAUGGAGCUGUUCCCCUGCGCCGUCUCCGACACCCUCCACGUCGUCCUGUCCACUACGCUCUCGCUCGACGGAACAAAGGACGAUGACAAGGGCUGGCGAGACGUCGGCAAGGCCGGCGAUGCGCCUGCCACCAUUGCCGACCUGUACGACUACGUGUGCUACGGCAAGAUCUACAAGUUUGAGGAGACAUACGACGGAAACACCAUCAACACCUACGUCUCAUUUGGCGGACUCCUGAUGUCGCUCCAAGGCCCCAUCAAGAAGCUCACGCCCCUCCGCGUCGACAACGUCUACCUGCUCAUCAAGAAAUAA